AUGGCUGAACCCGGGAUUGGUGGAGGUGGUGCCGUGCUGGGUCGGCGACGAGCUGCUGAGCCAAGCGAGCAUGGGGUGAAGAAGCGGUACAGAGGAGUGAGGAGACGACCAUGGGGAAGUAUGCAGCUGAGAUUAGGGACUCGGCGAGGCAAGGGGGCGAGGUUGUGGCUAGGGACGUUUGAGACAGCGGAAGAGGCGGCCAUGGCGUAUGAUAGGGCGGCAUUUAGGAUGCGUGGGGCUAAGGCUAUGUUGAACUUCCCGCCUGGAGUUGUGGUCGCCGGUGCCGGACUUAAGGGUAGGGUCGCUGGUGGUGCUGGUGGUGGUGGUGGUGUGAAGUAG